AGCAGAGUGGAGCAGUAAACGACUCUCGUGUCCUCCCUAUUCUUCUACUCUAAACACUCAAUGGCUCAGCCUCACAAGAGGUUUGGAAUCAGAGACUGGAGCGCCUAGAGACGUAUCCAUCACAACUGGAUGCUCUACUAACCUCCUAUCCUCUUACUCUCUUGUCUGUGGAUGCUGUGGGAUUUUGGAUAUUGAAUACGUCUUUCUUUGCAUCUCUCCUGCUAGGCUCGGCUGCUGCUGCUGCUGCUACUUUUAGAGGUUUGUGACACUGUUUUGGUUGGAAUGUGUUUCUGGCUGCUGGCGACAGUUUUUGUCCGUGAAAUCUCUCUCUAUACUGCUUGUAUUUUCACAGAGGAGUUAUAGAUAUAGACUUUUUGAUGGCCUCCGGGACUCCUUGAACUCCACCUGCUGGUAUUGUACAGGGCAUGCACAGAAGUUGCCGUUCAGAGAUUGUGUUUGUGUGCAAGCUCAGCUUUUCUCACCUCUGCAGCUUAUUGGUAAGGAGAGAAGAAUAGAGGUGGAACCGACACAAGUAGUGAGACAGACUCUACUGCAGCCCCUGUGUACUGUACACACCAGAGCCUGCAUGUGCUAGGUUAGCCCACCAGAAGGCUGGCCAGUACCAACACAAGACUCAAGCACGUACACACACACAUACACAGAGACACACACUCAUAAACAGCAACAUCCUCUGCUGUAAGAGGAUGACGUUUGCUGUAAUACUGCAUUGCACUCUGGGGCCAGAAAAGUGAAAGAAGAGACGACUAGAAGAGGAUCAGAAGAGAAGAGGAGGGGAAGAAAACUACAAUCUGGUAGCAGCUCACCUCCAUGGGGAAACGGAAGUAGAAGAGCACAGAUUGAUGAACUGACCGAAAGAGAUAACGACCAAUGUGAUAGAGCACAGCUAAACUGACAGUCUGUAUAAAGAGAGAUAACUGACGGACUGUUUAAAGAGAGAGAUAUAAAGACCGUAGUGAGAUGAGAGCAGAACUGAACAUGAACUCUUCCUCGUCCGAUGUGAACCAAAGCAGCUCUCCUUUCUGCCUGCUGGGCCUGGGCUACUCCCAUACCCUCAACACUUGCGUGCUGGAGGCGGCCGUCAUUCUCUUCCUCACUAUCCUCAUCAUCAGCGGCAACCUGAUGGUGAUCUUCGUGUUCCACUGUGCUCCGCUGCUCCACCACCACACCACCAGCCACUUCAUCCAGACCAUGGCCUAUGCAGACCUCCUGGUGGGGGUGAGCUGCCUGGUGCCCUCCCUGUCCCUGCUCCACUACCUCAAGGGGUUGGACGAGGAGCUCACCUGUCAGGUGUUCGGCUACCUGGUGUCUGUGCUGAAGAGCGUGUCCAUGGUGUCUCUUGCUUGUAUUAGUAUUGACCGCUACAUCGCCGUCACACAGCCGUUCUCCUACGCCACACUCGUCACCCCAUGCCGCCUGCGUGUCUGCAUUUGCCUCAUCUGGCUCUACUCCACCCUCAUUUUCCUGCCCUCCUUCUUUGGCUGGGGAAAGCCCGGCUACCAUGGGGACAUAUUUCGCUGGUGUGCGACCUCGUGGCAGACCGAUCCGGGCUUUAGCUCGUUCAUCGUGGCUGUGCUGUAUGCGCCGGCCGCCCUCACUGUGUGUUUCACCUAUGGGAGUAUCUUCCGUAUCUGCCGUCAGCACACCAGGGAGAUCACCCAGCGCCACGCACGCUUCGGCCCCCAGGGGAACGAGAGGGGCGUGCGUGGGGAAGGGUGCCCGGAUAAACGCUAUGCCAUGGUGCUGUUCCGAAUCACCAGUGUGUUCUACGUGCUCUGGAUGCCCUACAUCCUUUACUUCCUGCUGGAGAGCGCCGGACUCUACCGCCACCUGGUGGCCUCAUUCCUCACCACAUGGCUAGCCAUCAGCAACAGCUUCUGCAACUGCCUCAUCUAUAGUCUCUCCAACAGCGUGUUCCGGAAGGGCCUGGGCCGCCUGUUCAGGCAACUCUGCUCCCCCUGUCAGGGACUGGGAUGCUGCAUGGAGGGGAAGAAGGGUCCCGCUCUACCCAGGCCACGCCCAGCCCCAGCCUGCCAUGUGUAACAAUCUCCUACAGACACUGUCUAGUUGGUUAGCUACCCACUGGGCACAGAUGUCAGUUCAACAUCUAUUCCAUAUUGGUUCAAAGUAAUUUCAUUUAAAUGACGUGGAAACAAUGUUGAUUCAACCUGUUGUGCCAGUGGGUACAGUAAGCUUUGGCCUUGGCUUCAGCCCCUGGUGAGUGCAGUGUAUUACUACUACAGUGUAUGUGACAGGUUGUAUUUCUACAGUAGUAGUACAUAGAGCUCCCUAUGGCCAGGUCAGAGGGGUGGUUUGCAGGCAGGAGCUGGAGGGGUCUUCUUCUGGAGUGUUCUCCCAAGCGGGGCUGCCGAUUUCUGGCUGGGUGGAUCACCACCACGUGUGGAGGAGAAGGUUUGUGGUUGUAUAUAUGGAUAUCAGAAUGGAGCUGAGGAGAAAAAAAAGGCACACAGUUCUCUGUGGGUUUUGAAGAGGAUCAACUCCAAUCUUACAGCUUUGGUGCCGAGUUUAGGUGUGCCUGUGAACCUAAUAUCUUCCCAAUGCAAAAAAAGGACAAUAUCAGCACAACACGACUUGUACUGCGUAAACCACUGUAGUGCAAAAAGUUAUUUCAACAUUGAUUCAAGACUGUUUAGUCAUCUUUGUUCUUUCAGGAUAGACAUUAGUGAUGCAAAAAAAGUAUUUUAGAAACAUAAAAGCACUUGAAAUAUACUGUUUUUCUUCUCUUAUGUUGUGACAAAUAGUUUACAUUUUGUAGCAGUCAGAUAAUGUGAUGAUGAUAUUGUGCGCUACAGUAGGCUGUAGCAUACAGAGAGGACGAGUGGUGUGAAAAGGACUGGGAACAGUUGGUUUCCUCGAAAAAAAUACUUGAGGUUUAUUCCGUAACUUAUUUGUAUUUUAUGCAAGGGAUUCUUCUCUUUUGAAGUUGGGUGUUAGAAGUGAGAGCCAAGAAUGUUUAUGAAGUGUUGAGUUUCAUACAGGAAUGUUGAUGUAUGCAUUAGCCGAUUUUUGCAAGAUGGCAUUCUGGUUUAUCAUGGACCACCAAUUCAUUCUGAAUUCUCAGCAAGGAGACAAGUUGAUUUAUUUGAGUAUUUUAUUCUCUGUCCAUGUUUCCUGAGGUCGAACAUCAGUUGUUAGUUUACCCUCAAUGGCUGAUGCAUUUAGACUGGUCUUGAGGCUACAAAUGCACAAUUUACUCAUCAUAAUCUGACAGCAAUAACAUAAGUCAGAUUUUCUUAUAGAUUGGAAUUGCAGCAUGUUAAGCAUAUUACCGAACAAGAUGCACAACACAAAGAGAGACACAAUCAUUACUGUUGAGCUGUUCUCUCACUCUGUGCCCUUUGGCUCCUGUUAGCUGUACAGAUGAGCUGAGUGGCAGAGCAGCACAUGUACAGUUGGCUACCAGAGAGCCAGAUUGUCUUUCUAGAAGUCAGAGGGGUCAUUAAGACAAUAUGUUUCUAAGGGUUUUAUACAAAGUAGGUUUAUAUGGAUCUACCGUGGGUCUCGAAAGCUUUUAUGGAAAUAUACUUGUGAAUUGCUAAUAGGUUUUUAUGUGAACUAGGUUUAUGUGCAAAUAUAUGCAAAUAUAUGUAGGAUAGGAGACAAAGACCUUGGACAGUGUACACUUCACUGAAACAUCAAUACAAUAAAAGUUUCAGAGGUGAUUGUGCUGUAUGUACAGGAGUCUUCUUAUAUGACAAGCCUAAACGUACACAGUCACAGACAAUCAGUCCCUCACACACUCAGUAGUGCAAGUAAGGAGAAUAUGAGAUGGGUCUGCACUGCAGCACUCUGCAUUCUUAUUCCCAAGGACAGCAUGACGGCAUCUUUGUACUAUAGUGUGUACACAGGUCUUGUAUACAACAUUUGUAUGUUUUUUUGUUGUUUGAAAGAUCUGUUCAAGAAUAUUGGUUAACUGUGGUGACUGUUGAUAUCCCAGGAUAAUAUAGAUAUUUUAUUUUUUAAAUUUUCUUUACAAUAUUCUUUUUCAGAAAUUGUCUAUGCAUGAUGGUAUUUCAGCCAGUGAGACAUGGGUGAGAUGAUCAAUACUCAUUUUUAGGAGGAUGCCACUGAAAGCAGUUCUUUUUUCAGCUAUAGCCUACACAAUUUCCUUAACAUUAUAACCAUUGAUGAUGGUGUGUAAAUAGCAUAUUAUAUAUCCUUUAGGUCAUAUUCUAGUUUUCAGAAAUUCCACCUUUCUGGGAAAGACCUUAGUAGUUCAAGAGAACAGAUAUAUUUUUGUAUGGGUCUCUAUGUCAGAAACUUUUUAAAGAGUGUGAAUUUAUUCAGAUGUAGGAAUAUUUUGAGAGGUUUUUCAUCCCACUGUUUUUCCUCCGAGGGGCUGCUUGUACAGGGCUUGUUUCCCUCACCAGUCUCCACAUGCUGCUGUCUGUCUGUGCAAUAGACGUUUCUGUCCCCUCCCAACUCUUCUCAAGACAAUGAAAACAUACCAGCAGUGCUAUUACAAAAGGGCUUUCGUCGUUAUCUGACACAAGCCCGUUGGUCAACUGAAUUAUGUACAUGUGGUAUUUGAUAUCUAUCGGUAUCUGAUUGAAGAGUAGUUGUCCUUUAUUUGGCCCGCAUGACUGUUCUAGAAUGUGAGAGGGAAGUGUGUGUUCUGUUAAGCUCACAUGACUAUAAACGAGAGUCUUGGUUUUAUCUGGAGAUAACAUGAAAGCCCUUCAAUGGGAGAGUGCAGUACUCAAUGUACUUUAUCUUUGAUGUAGACAGUUUGAUGUAGCACGGGGGGGGGGUCUGGUCACAGUGUAAUCUGCCAUGAGAGAAGUAUCAUGUUUGCAAGUCUCUUUCAAUUGCUGAAGAUACUGUAUGUAUGAAAUCGCAAUGGUUAAUGUUGAGGAUGACCUUGUAUAUUGAUUGAUAUUGAAAUGACUCCUCCUAAAUUGUGCAUUAUGGUAUGCUAUAUGUCCUCCUCUCAGAUUGUGUUGAGCACAUUCCUUAAUGCACCACAAUCAGCACAUGAUAUAGUUCAAGAUCCCACUCACGUGGGCUCCUUUAGGCUUUGAUGUUGUAAAACAAAACAUGUUGUGUCAAAGAGCAUGUUUUUUCCUGUGGGAAAAUGGUUGCUGUUGUCAGAAUCGGACCAGAAUCAAAAGCUACAGCAGUGAUCUCAGGGGACGUGGUGUUUCACAGAGACCAGACCCGCAGUGCCAAAUCUGGACCAGUAU